AUGCUGCGCACGAUAAAACCAAAAAAUGCACGCUCGAAACGAGCUCUGCAGGCCCGUGAGCCGAAGGAAGUCGAGGACCCACGGACGGUCAUCUUCGUCAAGGGCACUCACGCCGGCGAGAAGGUGAACGCGGCCAUGAAGGAGCUCAUGGCGCUGAAGCGGCCGCACGCGAUCUCGUUCUCGAAGAAAAAUGCGGUUCGACCGUUCGAAGACGCAGCGUCGCUCGAGUUCUGGAGCCAGAAGAACGACGCAAGCAUGUUCGUGGUCGGGCAGAGCACGAAGAAGCGGCCGGACGGGCUCACGUUCGUGCGGAUGUUCGACCAUCGGGUGCUGGACAUGUGCGAGGUCGGGGUCGAGGGCUGGAAGAGCAUGAACGAGUUCAAGACAUCAAAAGCAACGCCGGGUCACAAGCCUCUGCUGCACUUCGCGUCGGAGCUUUUCGACACCCACCCCCGGUUCGUGCAGCUCAAGUCGAUGCUCAUGGACUUUUUCAACGGCGAGGUUGUCGACGGCCUGCAUCUCGCCGGUAUCGAACACGUCGUCAGUAUCUCCCUCGGCCCCACGCCGCCCGGGCUGAACGCGGCGACGACCACCUUGCAGGCGUCCUCGUCGACCGCGCCUGCGCCUGAGACGCUGCCGAAGGUGCACAUCCGGGCUUACACGAUUCGGCUGCUCGCGUCUGGGACGCGGGUGCCGCGGGUGGAGCUGACACCGAUGGGCCCGUCGCUGGACCUGACGCUGCGGCGGCACAAGGAGGCGGACGGGGAGCUGCUGAAGCAGGCGCUGCGGCGGCCGAAGCUGCAGAAGCAGGCGGUGGAGAAGGGGCUGGGCAAGAAGCGGAAGAACAUCGAGGUGGAUGAGAUGGGCGACCUCCGCGGCCGGAUCCACGUCGGGAAGCAGGACCUGGGCAAGCUGCAGACGCGAAAGAUGAAGGGCCUAAAACCGGAGCGGGAUGCGAUGCUCGUCGACGACGAGGACGACGGCGGGGAGUUGGACGGGUCUGGGAGCGAUGGCGACGGUGCGGGUGGGGGAGCGCGGCAACGGAAGCGUGUGCGGGCGGCGUAG